UGUUCUAAUUCGUCAAGAUGGCGGCGACCGAAUAAGGGAGGAAGUAAAGAGAUAUUCGCUGAAAUUGUAGCACUAUUACACUCAACCAUGUGGAUUGGAGUAUACUGUAUACAUUGAUUCGGGUUGAAAUACAUGGAGAUGGUGUCAAAUAUGGAUUAAUGCCUGCUUCUGUGCCGCAAGGGCUUAAUCUAGGAGCCUCGUCUGCUCUCGCCAAUAAUGGGAGCUCAGCAGGGGAAGGAACCUCGGGUCAGUUCCGGGAAAACUAAAGCUAAGACAAAAGAACCAAGGGUUUCGUCGGGAAAUAUUUUUGCUGAACAUAAUGACCCGGCGCCACAGCAGCCUUUGAGCCCCAGCUCUCUCCCAGGUGAUGAUCCCAGUCUUCCAAAAAAAGCGCUGCUCCAAAACCGUCCCCUGCCUGAUGCGCCCCUGGACGUGCUGGGCUCUAAAUGGAUGUCCAAGGAGAACCUGUUGGUGGGUCAGCAGGAGGAGGACCCCAAUCUCUUUGUGGCCUUGUACGACUUCCAGGCUGGCGGUGACAACCAACUCAGCAUAGUCAAAGGCGAGCAGAUGACGAUCCUCGGCUACAACAAAGGAGGAGAAUGGUGUGAAGUUAAGAACAGAGCAGGAGAUGUGGGCUGGGUGCCCAGCAACUACAUUGCACCCGUCAACAGCUUGGACAAGUUCUCCUGGUACCACGGACAGAUAUCCCGCAAUGCAUCCGAGUAUCUGCUCAGUAGUGGAAUAAAUGGCAGCUUCCUGGUCCGAGAGAGUGAAAGUAGUCCAGGCCAGAGGUCAAUAUCAGUCCGCUUUGAGGGUCGAGUGUACCACUACCGGAUCAGUGAAGACACGGACACUGGCAAGGUAUUUGUAACAUCUGAGCACAGAUUCAACACACUAGCAGAACUCGUCCACCACCAUUCCAUCCAUGCUGACGGCCUCGUCACCACCCUCCUCUACCCAGCACCCAAGAGGAAUAAGCCCACUGUGUUCGGUGUAAGCCCGGAGCCUGACAAGUGGGAGAUAGAGAGAACAGAGAUAGCCAUGAAGCACAGGCUAGGUGGAGGGCAGUACGGGGAUGUGUACGAGGCGGUAUGGAAAAGGUACAACAAAACCGUGGCUGUCAAGACUUUAAAGGAAGACACAAUGGCUCUGAAAGAUUUCCUGGAAGAAGCCACCAUCAUGAAAGAAAUGAAACAUCCCAACUUAGUGCAAUUAUUAGGCGUGUGUACGAGGGAGCCGCCGUUCUACAUCAUCACCGAGUUCAUGGUCCAGGGCAACCUGCUGGACUUCCUGAGGGGCAGCAACAAGGAGGAGCUGGGCCCCACUGUCCUCAUGUACAUGGCCACCAUGAUAGCCUCCGGCAUGGCCUACCUGGAGGAGAGAAUGUUCAUCCACCGUGAUCUGGCUGCUCGGAACUGUCUUGUGGGGGAGAACCACCUGGUGAAGGUGGCUGAUUUCGGCCUGGCCCGUCUCAUGAAGGACGACACCUACACAGCUCAUGCAGGGGCCAAGUUCCCCAUCAAGUGGACGGCGCCAGAGGGACUGGCAUAUAACAGGUUCUCUACUAGGUCCGAUGUUUGGGCGUUUGGUGUGCUACUGUGGGAGCUUGCUACCUAUGGGAUGUCCCCGUACCCCGGGGUGGACCUGACCGACGUCUACCACCUGCUGGAGAGGGGCUAUCGCAUGGAGAGGCCAUCAGGCUGUCCAGCCAAUGUCUACCAGCUGAUGAUCAGAUGCUGGCAGUGGGAGCCCAAAGAUCGGCCAACAUUCCGUGACAUCCAUUUUGCCCUUGAGAACAUGUUUGACAUGUCCAGUGUCAGUGAAGAGGUGGAAAAGGAACUGGAAAAGAGUGAGAAGAAAAAGGCCCCUGGCCUUCCGUCUAAGAAAGGCCGGACACAGAGUUUUGAGAGCCAAGAGCAUCUGGGAGAUGGCCGCAGUAGUGCAGGUCCAACGCCACCUGCUGGUAGACGAGUAUUACCUCCCCUUGAGGACACAGACAUUACGCUCAACAGAGUGUCUGAGAUAUUAUCUCGGAAGUCCUCCAAGAAGAAGAGUGGCCCCGCCCCCACACCGCCACGGCGCACCACCUCCUGCAGAGAUCCAACACCAGAGCAACUGCAACAGCAGCAGCCACAGCAGCCACAGCAGCCGGACCUAGACUCGGAACUCAAGUCUAGAAUGAAGUUACAGAAAGCCAAAAUCGAAAGUGCUGUGGUUCCUGAGGUGGAGGAAAAUAUGUACGAAGGACCCUGGGAUAGUAAAAUGUCCAUCAUGGAACAAUCGGCUCGUGCCGGAAUGUUUCCGCCACGUUCAAAACAUGAGAGUGGGUCACCCAAAUUCAUGUCUCGGAAUGAGGCACGUGAACCAUCGACUGAUGAUAGUGGUGUAAGCAAAAGUGAUUCCUUGAAACAUGCCCAUAUAGACAAAUCAAAAUAUCUGAUAUCAGAGGCAAAUGCUCGUAGUUUUGAAAAAGGGACUGAGGAAAGGCGUAGUGGCAGAAAGAAAAGCUUACCUCAUGGUGCUAGUCUAGAUAAAAAGUUGGAGCGAGCAGCGCGAUUUGAGAAGGAAUCUUUGUUAGAAGAGAUGGAGGGACAGCAAUCAUCUCAUUUAGGGGGACAGUAUCCCAAAAAGGCCCUGCCACUACCAGCACAUCAACUUGGUGCUAGGAAGAAAUUCUCGGAUACAACUCGGCCUGGGGAUGUGAAACAAUCAACUUCAGGUCAUGAGAGCGAGGACUCCAGUAUCACUGUGGGGAAACUGGAUGUGGCCAAUGUUGCUAAGGCGAUCAAUAGGUAUGGGACCAUCCCCAAAGGUGUUCGUAUUGGAGCAUAUCUCGCCUCUAUGGAGCAUGAGCAGAACAAUCAUAGUCGUGACUUGCCCACUGUGGAGGACCAUGACUCCGGCACAGAUACUGCCAGUGUGAUAUCUUGCCCUCCUCUCAAUAUAGAGCAGGGACCUACGGUUGUCUUCAAUCCCCCGCCCACAGCUAAGGCAGAAGACAGUGAUCCUGGCAUCAAGCAGGAACCCAACGUGAAACCGUCUGCUGUAGUUAAGUCACAAUCGACUCAUGUUAUAGUAGAUAAUCAACCUGCUACACAGGUCAAGUCUCAAUAUUCUGGCUUGCUUCAAAGGCACAAGUCAGAUCUGACGUCGAGCAAGGGGAAUGGUUUAGGGAGCAAGGGGGACCUGUCCACCUACAAGUCAGAAACGGAUCUUACCAAAGGUGAUGAAUCUGUUCUCGGGAGUAAGGCUGAUGUGUCUGUCAGUAAACCCAAACCGAGUCCGAGGUUUUCCAGAAUAUUUGCUGAAAAUUCUGAGCAGAAUUCCAACAUGAAAGAUGCUUCUUUGGCAGACGACACCCGCCCGGGACCACGAGUGCCUCUUCGACCGUUGCCUCACCAGCAGGGGUCCGACUCUGCCCAUGAAGGAAAUGCAGACCACAAUUCUAUGGAGAACAACACCAAACAGGCGCCACCUCGGCCUCCUUUCCCUUUUAAAGGGAGGUCCUCAUCUUCAGAGGAAAGUCCGAAGCUUUCAGAAAAUACUGAUGCAUCCGGUGAUAAAAAUAAGUUUGAUUACAAUUUUCAUGGGUCACAAAAACCUGAGGAUUCCACCAAUAAGUUGUCCUCAUUUAAGACAUUUGGUAAAGCUAAUGCUGUGAAGGAGACCAACUUAGAUCAUGUUAAUGCUGACAAUCUUGGAACAAAUGAUUCCUCCAACAAGUCUAAAGAGAAGGAUGAAGGUAUUUAUAAGCCAGUAUUCCCUGUGUUAAAACCGGUAGCUGGGAACAACGUACCCGUGCAUCCCCUAAAGCAGACUGAUCCCAUGGAGAGGUCGCUGGUCGACCUGGGUCAGAGCAAUGCCAACGAACCGCCGUCAUCAGACUCUGAGACUUCAUCGGUGUCCAAAGAUUUGAUCAUGGAUGCUUCCAACAAGCUGCGGUCUUGUAUAGACAAACUGGCUCUGGCUGGGAAUAAGUCCAGCACCAACUUCAUGCUUCUUUCCGAGGAGGUCCAAGCAUUCUAUGCACUGUGUUGUCGAUACAUUGACUCCCUUCCCCCUCAUGCAAAAUUCCAUGCUAAGGAGCUGUUGUCUAGGCUGCAGUCCCACAGUCAGAAUUUGAAAACGUACACAAGCAGCACCCCAUCUGGGGGUGGGAGGCUGCUCAACGAUAUACAGAGCACGAAUAAAGAAAUAAUGGGGGUCAUUGACAGAUGAGGGAGGGGAGAUAACUGCGGUCUUCUCCAGAGAGGAUGGAUACUUCUGUAUAUCUCCGGCCUUUUAGCCACUCGACCCUCCCUCGGGGGCAGACUGGGUGAUAACGCCUAGAGGGAGGGACAGACAUACAUACAGACGGGAAAUACUUUUUGAGAGUAUUUUGAGAAUCAAGAGUAGCGAUAUUAGGCUGAUUGAAUGUUUGUGACCUGUUGUGUGUGCUAUAGUAUUACCCUCGAUGUGAGUUGCAGCGAUGCUGUCAGCACUGUUAAGAUGGCAGACAAGGUGUAACCCGUUUCUGCCUUUCGCUGGUGACCUCAGCAGCUGUGUGUGAACAACCAAGAACGUUUGGAUCAGAGUGAUGCUGUCACUCGGUGAAUUUGUGGAUGUCAGUAUACGUAUGUCCAAGAACAUUUCUACCAUGUGAUUUAGUUUUCCUUGAACUGUAGGCAAGCUUCAAUACAUGUUCUGCCUCUGUAAAAUAGAAAUUGCUCAUCACAGUUCACCCUUCCAUUUGUACCACAGAAUGUUGUAUUGGAAUCUAGUUGCUCAUAAAGAAAAUGGAGGCAAGCAUGCCCGGACUGCAUUAGUUUUUAAGCCCUUCCUCCCUGCUGUCGGUCAUUGUAAUAUAGAUAUGUUGAUAUUGGCUGAAUCUUUGCUCCCUUCCUCUUCUACCUUCUCUCUUUCUCUAAUUCCUCCACUAUCUCUCUAUCCUUGGUGAUGAAGAUAUCCGCCCACUUUCACUCCAUAUGUUCAUCCAUUUUCUGUUCCGCAUAUUGGUGUUCCUCUAACCAAGAUUCCUAUAGGACAUAUAUUCCCAGGAACCAGCUCAACCAACGAGCAAUGGUUGUAAAAGGAUUAAAACUGCUUCAAACACGACUACAUUACCAAACCACACUACAUUUGUCAAAAAAUAUAUAUUUAUGUUGCCAUGAUUACCAAAUGUUUGUAAUGUAGGGGAAACUGGUUCUGAGUUUUAUUUUGUUCAUGUUUGUAUUUUUUUCCAACAAAUAAUGGAUAUUUUGGUGUCAAGGCUUUUCAUGCUAUGACUGUAAUCACAUUAUAAGAACGUCUCACCUGUGGGGAUAAUGUGUCUCUGUUACUUGCUCAGAUUAUGGAAGUAAUACACUUAGUGAAGUUGCCUCUUUCAAAGCCAUAUUGUAAUGAACUCAAUGUCGGGUGUAUUGUUGACAAUAGUUGCUCAGAUCAUGACCAUAUACUAUUCACUGGAUUGGAAUCACAUCAUCGCUGUGCAUAUGCAUUUGCUGUCAUUAAACAGAUUUGAUAAUCACCACGUUUACAAACCAAGGGAACUAACUCUGCCUUGAUCUUAUUCGUAGGAACAAUUCCCAGUAAGCUUGUUGAGCUGUGUCUGGAAGAGAUUGAAUUUAUCAGGUAUGAUCAGAAUAUGUUCCAUGACGUAUUGACAGCCUUAGGUCUCUGUCAGUGGCAUGGUGUUUGUUUUAUCUCUCUUUGAUUUUAAGUGUGUUAAAGCUGUUUUACGAUGUUAUUAAGUUUGAUUAAAAUCUUUCCUGACGAUGUCAACGUGUCUCACUAAACAGUCAGCAUGGCCACUCUCUGCCUGUUCGGAAAUUGAAGCGAGUUUGUGAAGUACAUCUUCAUUUGAGUAGCUUGUUAGGUUUUGACUUACAAAAUGGUGGGGAACUGCAAUAAAUGUUGAAAAAACAUGGUAGACUGUUUCCUUCAGCUUUAAGUAUUUAUUUACACUGUUACAAUGAUAUUUUCCACACCUAUCCUGGCUGCAAGAUAUCGUUCUUAUUUUCUGUUUGUACUGGACAUGUAUACCUGUGUUCAUUAGACAAAAACACUGGAUAAUUAUAUCCUGCUCAAAAUAAGUUACAGAACACCCAAUUUGUUCAUGUGAUUUAGUUAAUCUGUCGUAGCUGGUGGGUAUUGCAACACCGCCUUUCAAUUGAGGGGGUGCGGUCGGGUUGCCCAGUGGUUAACACAUUCGCUCGUCAAGCCAAAGACCAGGGUUCGAUUCCCGACAUGGGUACAAUGUGUGAAGCCCAUUUCUGGCGUCCCCCGCCGUGAUAUUGCUGGAAUAUUGCUAAAAACGGCGUAAAACCAUACUCCCUCACUCACUCCAAUUGAGGGUAUUCUUAAACUUGUUUUGAGUAGUACACUAUAUAACUUUUAAUGAGUGCAAUUCUAACGAAUAUGUUCUAUGUACAGAUAUUAAGCUCUUGAGGCUUUUGUUUCAAGUGGCAUAUGCAAUGUGUAUUUUGUGUACUCUAUCAGUACAUAACAAUACAUACCAAAAUCCGUUCAUAUGUUUUUGCCGACAUCUGUGACAGAGAAAUUAGCAGUCACAAGUAUAUCAUAUCCCAUUCCCUCCAUGGCUGGCCAAUCCACUGUUGAUGAGUAUGUUGUAAGCAUUAUUUUGUAACUUUCUAUAUAUUCAUGAACAUGGUGCCUAUGUCACUUGAAACAAAACCUACUUUCAUGGCUUCUCGCUAGCAGAUAUGUCUGUAGUCUUGAUGACUGUGCCAUUUGUGAUCUAAGUCUUUAUAAAAAAAUUAUUUAAUUUGCUGCAUAAUUAGCAUUAUGUCAGAUGUAACUUAUGUUGUGUCAAAAUGGCAUCGACCUUAUUGUAAAGCUAUUAUUGAAAUUUGUAAAUAAAAUGUAAAAAUAACUGCUAA